CAUCUGACAGUUUCCGUUUCAAUUACAAUUCUGACCAGAAACAGCAGAAAAAACGACAGAGGAAUGGAGUUAAAGUUCCUUUAAAAUGAGUUCAAAGCAAACCAUGUGUUGAAAUUACAUUUAAACACUGUUUAGGAAGUUGCAUUUUCAAAAUAAAAGCUCUCAUUGCACAUUCAUUGUAUUCUCAUCAAACACAGUUUAGAUGCAGCAGAUUUAGUUUGUAUUUAAUGUUUUAUUUUAACAUAUAUUGAAUUGAGGUUUUUAAUGUCGAAUUCUAAAUUGUUAAAUGUAUUUUCAUUUGCAAAUUAGUCAAAUGAGAUUCGGAAUUGACUCUGGGAAGCUUCCGUAGUCUCAGGCCUGCAGGGGGCGCUCUGCCGCGCCUCGGUCAGUCAGUCAGUCAGGGAGGGGUGACCGCGGGGCUGAAGACUCAUCUUCGUCUUCUUCAUCAUGAGGUUUCUCGUCUUUUCGUCAUUCUUGGCGCUGGGAUUGGCCUCCAGCCCGCCGUCCGUCUCACAAAUGUACGGCAGCCUGGAGUCACCAAACUUCCCGGAGCCGUACCCCCAGCUACUGGAGCGGCGCUGGAACGUCCGGGUUCCUGCCGGGUUCCGGAUCCAGCUGUCCUUCAGCCACUUCGACCUGGAGCCGUCUUACCUGUGCGAGUACGACUACGUACAGGUAGAGGCUGAGGGGGGGGUCCUGGCGCGGUUCUGUGGGCGGGAGCAGACGGACACUGAGGCGGUGCCGGCCCGGCAGGUCGUCACCUCCCCCAAGAACACCUUAACGGUUCUGUUCGUUUCUGACUUCUCCAACGAGGACCGGUACGCUGGCUUCCGGGCCCACUACAGCGCCACGGACGUGGACGAGUGUGGGGGCGGCGCCGGCGAACCCCCCUGUGAUCAUUUCUGCCAUAACUACAUUGGGGGGUACUACUGCUCGUGUCGCUAUGGUUACCGGCUGCACUUGGACAAUCACACCUGUACAGUGGAGUGCAGUGGUGUUGUGUUCAGGGAACGCUCCGGCGUUUUGAGCAGCGUGGACUUUCCCGCCCCCUACCCUAAGAACUCCAACUGCUCGUACCGCAUUGAAGUGGAGGAGGGCUUCAAGCUCCGCCUCUUCUUUGCUCCAGAGUUUGACGUGGAGGACCACCCUGACAUUGUCUGCCCGUACGACCACAUAAAGGUGGAAGCAGGAAGUGAAGAGUUCGGCCCGUUCUGCGGUGGACGAUCACCAGGACUCGUCCAGACCGACACCAACGUCCUGACUCUGAGAUUUCACACCGAUGACUCGGGAGAAAACUCCGGCUGGAGUCUCACCUACUCCACCACAGGAAGUCAGUGUCCUGUACCCGAGACUCCGCCCCAUGCAAUGCUGGAACCGGUCCAAUCAGAAUAUUUUUUUAAAGACCACAUCCUGUUCACCUGUCUUCCUGGCUACUGCAUGAUGAAGGACGGUGAUGCUCUGAGUCAUUAUCAAAUCAACUGUCAGGCCAACGGGUCAUGGAGCGGCACAACACCUCAUUGUCGGAGGAUCGACUGUGGCAGUCCGUGGGAAGUGGAUUCUGCUUAUAUCGUGUUUGGUAGCCAUGACAACAGCACCCUGUUUGGAGCCACCGUAGCGUACGUGUGCCGGGGCAACAGCGGCCAGCCGAGCAACAGUAAGAGUUCACACCGAGAGACGUCCUCACUUGAACGUACCCGUCUUCAUCCGGUGGUUCCUUGUUCUGUUGCAGCGUCAUUCCGGUGCGGUCCGACUGGAGAAUGGACGGAUGCCGAAGGAGGAACCAGAGCUCCCAGCUGUCACUCAGCCUGUGGUCAGCCGUCCCGGGCCCUCCCAACUGUGGUGAAGCGAAUUGUGGGUGGUCAGAGUGCAGUGUCCGGCCUCUUCCCCUGGCAGGCUCUGCUUAGCGUGGACGACCGGUCCCGGGUCCCUCAGGAUCGAUGGUUUGGUUCUGGAGCCCUGCUCUCAGACUUGUGGGUCCUCACGGCCGCCCACGUCCUGCGGUCCCGCAGGAGGGACGCCAGCGUGGUUCCGGUGGCUCCGGAGCAUGUCCAGGUCUUCCUGGGUCUCCACCGGAUCAGAGACAAGCACCGCUCCAACAGCCGCUCCGUGGACCGGAUCCUGCUGCACCCCCACUUUGGGCCCAGCAACUACAACAACGACAUCGCCCUGCUGAAGCUGGUGCGGCGCGUUGAGUUCAGCUCGAACGUCCGUCCAGUCUGUCUGCCCCCCGCUCCCCAUCAGGAACUCCUGGUUCCCUCCCCCGACUCCCUGGGUGUGGUUGCUGGUUGGGGCGUCUUCACUCCUACUGGCUCCGCCUCGUCCCCGCUGCUGUCUGACCCCGGCGUGGCUGAGCCCGGCGCGGUGGCGGAUGUCCUUCAGUACGUGAAGCUGCCGGUGGUGUCCCAGGACGAGUGCCGGGCCAGCUACGCCGCGCACUCCAUCGGCUACAACAUCACCGACAGCAUGUUCUGCGCCGGCUUCCCAGAGGGGGGGCGGGACACCUGCGUGGGGGACAGCGGGGGGGCGUUUGUGGUUGAGGACGAAGUCACCCGGAGGUGGGCGGUGCUUGGGUUGGUGUCAUGGGGCGGACCGGAUGAAUGCGGCGCUCAGAGGAUGUAUGGCGUCUACACCCGGGUUAGCCGCUUCCUGGAGUGGAUCCAGAACCAGCUUCGCAGGCCCCCCCAGGAGAGAGACGGCGACCACCUCUCCGCCCUCCCACAUUAAAAGAGGCGUGUCUUUACAAGCUCCGCCCUUGGAAGGUGAAAGUGUCCAGAGUCCAGACCCGAAAGUGUCUGUGCUCCGAAGCUGCUGUGACACGGCCACACGUACAUACACACACGUGCACACACGAGCACACACAUACACGUGCACACACAUACACGUGCACACACAUACACACACGAGCACACACAUACACACAUGAGCACACACGUGCACGCAC